AUGGCAACAUUGUCCAAAGUCAGGAAUAAAUUUUGGAUACCUAAAGGAAGACAAGUAGUAAAGAAAGUUAUUAACGCUUGCCUGGUGUGUAAAAAGUUCGCAGUGAAGCCCGCCAAACAGUUAACGUGUCAUUUACCCAGAGAUCGUGUAGUCCAAAGUAAUCCUUUCACAGUUGUAGGCGUCGACUUAACGGGAGCAGUUACUAUUAGAGAAAAAGCGGAUAACCACAAAAAGGUGUACAUAGCCUUAUUUACAUGCGCCGUCACUCGUGCUGUGCACAUUGAAGUGGUUUCAGAUAUGUCAGCAAAAAGUUUCAUUUUUUCAUUACAACGUUUUUUAGCAAGAAGAGGGAGCUGCAAAGUGAUUUAUUCAGAUAAUACCAAGAAUUUCCGCAGCACAUGUGAAAUAAUUAAAGGAUUUAAAAGAAUCAAAGCAGAUCCAAGUGUGAGAGAUUUCUUGACAUCCAAAGAGGUAACAUGGAAAUUCAUACCUGAGCGUUCUCCAUGGUGGGGAGGGUUCUGGGAGCCUUUGAUGAGAAGCGUCAAGGAACCUCUGAAGAAAAUCUUAGGGAGAGCAUUACUGACUUUCGAAGAGCUCUCUACAAUAUUAACUGAACUCGAGUGUGUGCUAAAUAAUAUACCUUUAAAAUACGAGAGCAACGAGCUGGGUGAACCUCGCCCGCUCACACCUUCACAGUUUUUAUUGCCAGGACGUGGUACAUUUAACUUUCCCGAGCAUUUCUUGGAAAUUUUUAACAAGGUAUCCGACAAAGAGACUUUAACUAGGAGGAAGCUUUACCAAUCUAAGCUCUUAAAAUUAACAUGGAUCAAGUGGAAAGAGCAAUAUUUACUCCAUCUUAGAAAUGCGCAUAACUUUGCUAAUCCUAAAACUGAGCGGAACCUUAAGACUGGAGACGUUGUGUUGGUAGAAGGACCAAAACAAUCCAAACUACUUUGGGACAUGGGUGUAAUUGAAAACGUGAUUAUAGGAAGACAUGGAACAUGUUCGAGCGUGUCCUCGUUCGCACGCCCAAAGGACAAAUCAGAAGAUCGAUCCAGAUGUUAUAUCCUUUCGAGAUUUAAUUUAGAACCUUUUGAUAUUAUUUUUUAUUAUACUAUUAAUUAUUAUGUUCAUUUGUGGCUUUGA